GUCACACAUACACUGACCGCUGCAGCAAUGCUCAUCAAGAAAACAUACCACGACAUCCCCAGCAAGUUCGAUCCCAAUGGGAACCCUAUCCGCAUCUUUGUGAUAGCGCCCAACCUGCCCGACUACCCCCAUGCCAAGUUCCCAGGCGUAGUGUGCUUCAGUGAAAUCUACCAGGUGACUGGCCCCGUCGAAAGGUUCGCCGGCCAAAUUGCCAGCCAUGGCUAUGUAGUGGCUUGCCCAUCUAUCUACCACGAGUUUCAAGGCCCCGAGGCCAUACCAUACGAUGCUGAAGGUACCGAUCGCGGCAACAAGUACAAGAUCGAGAAAGAAGUCGCCGCAUACGACGAGGACGCCACCCUCGCAAUCGAUCUGCUCACGUCCUUCCCCAACUGCACCGGGCGGAUCGCAGCUACCGGCAUGUGUCUAGGAGGCCACCUGGCCUUCCGCGCCGCCUUCAACCCGCGAGUCCUCUCCGCGGUCUGCUUCUUCGCGACCGACAUCCACAGCGCCUCGCUCGGCAAGGGAAAGCACGACGACACCCUCGCCAAAGUCCAGCGGGGCGAUCUCACGGCCAAGGGCGAAGUCGUGAUGGUCUUCGGUAAACAGGAUACACAUGUCCCCCGCGAAGGUCGAGACCUCAUCCGGAAGACCCUAGAAGACGCUAAUGUCACGACGACGUUCCUGGAAGUGCAAGCGCAACACGCUUUCAUUCGCGAUGAAUCAUCCAAGGGUCGCUGGGACGCUGCUUUGACUCGCUCGCUCUUCUCGUUCAUGUUGGAAGUGUUCGAGAGGACGGUCGGUAGAGAUCUGGGGCCCAGAGCAGGGGGCCCAGCACACAUCGAGCACGUCUGCUAGAUAUAACUGGUUCAUCAUUGUAC